AUGGCCGAGACGAACGGCCUGUGGGGAUGGUGGAUGACGUCCAGGAACACACCGGCAGGGUGCGAGAAAGGCCUCGAGGACAUCAAGCUCGCGUGCUUCACAGACGCGGAGCACAACGGCAAGACCAACGUGAUACUAGAGUUUGAGAUGUCGGUGAAGGUGAGGCAUCAGGUGGUGGCCAGGACCAUGCACCACUUUACUGUCGAGGUGAAGGAGGCGAGCAGCGGCAAGAAGCUGUACAAAGCCAAGGCAGUUCCCAAGCACCCAGAAAGUGGAACAGAUGGUUCUGUAGUGGCUGCAAUGGAACUAGUUGCUGGAGCAGUUAGUCCUAAAUUGGCUGCAGCUAAAUUAGUUGCUAGAGCUGAUGACUGGGCUUGGGGUCGCACUGUAAUCUCAUCAUCUUCAUCAGUUGGAUCUAAAUUCAAGUCAAUGUUCCUUAGGGAAGCCCUGGCACUGCUCAUUGGUUUGCUUCAGCUGCACCUGAGACCUCAUCGGAAUAAUUCGUACAAGUUCAAUGUUGAUGCCAUUUAA